CGAAUCUGUUUGGCGGGUUGUGUAGAUGUGAGGCGCAGUCGGUAGCUCCGUUGGCAUGGCACUUCCUCUGUGUUUUGUGUGUUCGUGUUGCUCAAAGUUGGUGAUUGCCAUGUCAAUUGAAACAGACUGACUCUUGUUUUAUGCAAGACAAACGGCUUACAAGCGUGAGUCAUUCAACCAAAUACGACGCCGUUAGGAAAAGGGAGUGAUCAUAAUGAGCAUCACGUCAACUGUGGACGAAACGAAGCUUAAACUUGAUUCCAAGGCAAAUUCAUCAACUAACAUGGGAUUAACUGGGUCACAGUAAGCUGUGUGUAAACUCUCAUGGAUAGUGAGUGCUUAGAAGAAAUGUACUGCCAGAGAUCAUACAGGUGCAGAUGGAGAUCAGGAGUGAAGAAAGUUUCCAAGUGAACCUUAUUAGUUUUAGAGUUUUAUCCGUAUAGAUGUUUACUAAUAGGUAGGACUGAAAAACAGCUUUACGGAAAUCCUGGUAUAGGUUUAGAUCCUGAUGAGCAAACCAGAGGAAAGCAAAGAAAAUCUCCCAGAUGAAGACGUGAGAGGACACGAGGAAGAAACCCGGUGUACGGCACAAAUGAUCCAUUAUAAGACAUGGAGGCUACUUCAGAUGACCCACCAAAAAGCCAUGACCAGACCGGGGAUGUUGAGAGAGACAAUACAGUCGAUGCAUUGCCACCAUCAAAAGAGCUCGGAAAUCAGGGAGAAGAUAUUGCAUAUAAUGACCUUAGUGUCCAAGAUGAAAUACAGUCUGGAGAGUCAGGUACUGAUAACUCUCACACAGAGAGCAAAGCCUCAGAGAAAUCACCAUGUAAGCUCCAACAGGGUGCUAUUUUCUCUGGAAAAAUACUUAGUUUUUGCUGCUUGGAAUGUAAAGGUGAUACCACUUACAGCCCUAAUGACUUGCUGAAACACUUUCAAGGGGCUCACAAAGGAACACUUCCAACAUAUCCUUGUGAUCUUUGUACUUUCGUUACCAAUGAGUUCUCGUCUCUCCAGCGACAUCGCAUUGGACAUCGUGACACUUUGGUUACUUGUGAGAUCUGCAAUGAUGGGGUCCAGUACUCUCUACUGUUGCUCACCAGGCAUUUCAUUAUGUGCCAUAGCUGUAAUGGACUUUUUCGUUGUAAGAAAUGCGAGUUUUCGACCAGAGAUGCAGGCACCUUUGUUCAGCACAUUCAUCAUCACAACGAGGGAAACCACAAAUGUGUAAAGUGUCCACCCACGAGUCCUACACAAGGGAAGGUCCACUCUGGGAAAGUCCAAUCUGGGACAUUCCCCUUCACAUGUCAGUUGUGUGGUUAUGGUGCUGCAAGGAGGGAGUAUCUAAGUAAGCAUAUGACUGUGGCUCACGGAGAUGAAAUGGACAGAACAAACAGAUGGAGGUUGAUUGAGGACAAUUCUAGAGUUAAUUCUCCAGGACUGAAGCUGCUGCUUAAAAAAAGUCUUCCUGCUGGAGGAUCCAGGGAACCACAGUGGAUGUCAAAGCUGAAUUCUUAUCCUGGAGUAGGUCUGCUUGACCACAGUGGGCGAUUAUUUAAUCCUGAGAAAACAUUAGAGGAAACACAACAAUUUCUUGAAAGAGCUGUGGGUGUGAAGAAAGAGUCUAACAAGUGGAGUAAAAGUCCACUAAAGAGUGAGCCACAGUGUUCUAAUCCACCAGUUACAUCCACUACACCACAGCCAAAGAUACAAGAAAAUGAACUCGGUGCUGGAUCUGGAAUUCUAGAUCCUGGUAACAGCAAUGGGUUGACGGUUCUCAUGGUCAAAAAUAAAAUUUCAAUUCCUCCUAAUUGUACCACAAAAGUAAUGGGCUUUAAGAUGGUAGAUGGUAAAAAGCAUUUAGUUUUAAAAGUAAUACCAACAAAACAGGAACCUACUACCAACAAUGACAUGUCACCCACAAAUAAUGUUGAUGAUGAUGAUGAAAAGACUGGGAGCUCCCCAUAUUCCUCACUGUCUGAAAGAUCAGGAUCUCUUCUCAGCUUAGAUUCUGGGACAAACAAAGAUGUUUCUGCCUUACUAAAAAUAGAGACACAUAAUGCAGAAAAUCACAUUUCAGACCACUCAUCUUUGUUAGAGGACCGUGAAGCAAAUGUGGAACCAACUUUAAACAAGGCUGAUGACGAAGUUCUUGAAAUAUCAGGGGAAUCUGUUACCAACUCUUCAGCAUCACAUUGUGCCGACUUGUCCAAAAUAAACAGAGAGGUACAUUUUUCUGAAAACCAGUACAGUGGUUCAAAUUUAGAAAAGAAAUCCUUACAUGAUCAUGAACAUUGUACACGUCAGACCAGGGCAUCUAACUCAACAUCUAAAUCACCUGAGAUCUCUCACACAGACCAAACCAAAACAAAAGCAGCUCCAUUAGAAAUGCUUGCUAAACACAGAACAGAAUUAGAACCGUGUACUGAUGAUCUAUCAUCAUUAGAAUCAGCUGCAGGUGAGCGCUCACUUCCUGAGCUCACAGUAUCUGCAAAUGAUGCCACACCGUUGUCAGUGGUAGAUGAGUUCACUACCCCACCUGCCGUAAUUGAGUCUCCUUGUAAUUUAGUGGCGGGUAAAAAUUUGGAAUCCUUUGAAGACCAUGGUGCAGAGCAGAUUUCACCUAAAAUUCCCUCCCCCACUUUAGCAGCUGAAAAGAGAGAAACCCCUGUUUGUGAAGAAUGUGAGACUUCAUUAUGUGAGAAGACAGCAAUUCCAGCACCCUGUCCAAAUUUAUUGAUUGGUGAGACCUCUCGGCCUAGUUCACUCACUGAUUCCUCUCCCAGGAAGGUUUUUUCAGAAAAUGCCUCAGAUUCAAAUAUAAGCCCACUGAAUAAAACAAGUGCUAAUAAUUCCCCUGAUGCCAAAGAUGGUGUCACAGAAGUUGACACUUCUUUGCAAAAUUCCCCAAAUCAGGAGGUUUUUAGUUUUCACAAUUACUCUAAAGAGACUUUUGGUAGCUCCCCUGAUUUUCUGGAUGCUGAUGAACAUUCCCAAGAGGACUUGGAGGAAGACGAGUGUGAAGAAGAUUUUGAUGAACUAAAGCUGGCUUCGGAUUGGAGUUUAACACUACCUGCCUCUCCACCGCUUGUAGAUGAACAGUCUGAAGAAUAUGUAGGAAGCGGGGAGGAAAGCAGUGUGUGUGUUAAUGAUGCACCUUCUGCCAGUGAGAAUAAAUCAUUAGAAAGAGUGUCUGAUAGCGACAUAGAGGUUGAUGAGUGCGUAGCUACUGUUGAGGAUUUACCCCUUCCAGCGACAUCUGAGACAGACAAGGGAGCAUGUUCUGAAGAGUCUGAGAAAAAGGAAGGGAAUUUUAUGUCUUCUGUGGUUGAGGGUGGUCCUGCAACUUUAAAAAAUGCUGCUGUUUUGGGCAAGAUACUUGAAGAGCAUUCAGAUGCUAUCAUCAGCCAGCAGCUUGAGAAAGAAAGGAUGGUAUCGUCAUCUGUGUUGCAGGAUACUAACAGACCAACAAAAACAACACUUCGGAUCCUGCAGAUGCCUGAGGGAAAGAAGCAGAUGUUCCUUCAAACUAUGGAAGCUCCAUAUGCUGUGCCUGUCCAACUGACAGGUGGCCAAGGUUUCAAGCUUAUUACAAAGUCUUGUGCUUCCAAAGUUAAUGUGUCAUAUGUUAAGCCAGGAAUUGAAAUGACUAGCAAAGGUUCAGGGUUGUCUCUCACACUUAAUGGAGGUAGAAUUGGGAUGUCUGCUCAGAGUUUAAGUGGAGAGGGCAAAGGUCAUUCAUCACUCCUGCAAACAGUGAGCAGCAAUGGAGGCCGGUAUUUUGUCAAUGCUUCUGCCUUGAAAGGGCCUCUCCUCUUAUCAGGUACUGUUAAGGCCACCUCAGAACAGGCGGUCAACAUGCAGCCAACGUGUUAUUUAGUUCAACGACCACUUCCUGUUUCACCAAGUACUGAGUCAACUGGUUCGACCUCAAAGACAGUCUUGACCACUCGCCCAGUACUGGCCAUGCCUGUGAAAUCAGCUGAUAAAGCAGCCGCUUUGCGAACUGGACGACAGGCCUACUUGGUUAGGUAUAUCUCACCAGCCAAGUCGGGGAUACUGGUAAAUAGCUCAAAUGAGAAUGGAGCAAAACAGGGCAGCCAGGCAAAUGAAGGAAGCAAAAGCAGGCUUUUCCUUAAAGUAGUUAGAGGUCCUAAUGGUGCCAGGUUCCUCUCCACGGCUCCAUACACGUCAGCCAAAAAGCCACUGUAUGUGGCCACAAGUUCUCUUCAGUCACCUUACUUUCUCAUGUCUUCAGAAUGGACAGCAGGACUGAAAACCUCCAAUAGCGCUCAUAGCCCCACUCGUAAACUUAUCUCUGCAAAGCUUAAAGACAUUUUACCAAAAUCAGAUAGUCACCAUCAGAACCAAGUUGAGGGUGGCUUAGUAGAGCAGAACUCAUCCUUUUUGCAAAUUCAUACCCGUCCACGGAGCCAGCGGAAGAGAAGAAGAAGGAUGAUGUUUGAGGAAUCUUUUGAGAUAUCUUCUAAAAUUAGAAGAAUGUCAAGCAAGGCCUUUGCUCUGAAAGAGGUCUCGCCGUUCUGCAAGCCAGUGGCAAAAGAUGUUGAGAGAACGCUUAGACUUUCUCCGUUCAGCCCGUUCCAGCGGAUCAAAUGUCCUCGUCAAAACCAGCCAGUAGUGGUGCUAAACCACCCCGAUGCUGAUAUCCCAGAGGUGACAAACAUUAUGAAGUCGGUUAACAGAUAUAAAGGUGAAGUGAUUAAGGUGGAAUUGUCUGAAAACACAGUCAGGGCACUGUCUGAGUGGAACUUUAUUGGUCCAGAUAAUACAUUGUCAAACACUCCUGGUAUCAGUACAGGGUCAAGAGUCCGGCCAUCAGGGAACAAGGUUCGAGAGCGAUUUAUCUUACGACUGAAGUUAAAAAAGACAAGAAGGAACAAAUAUGAGGUAGUGAAGUUGUCCUCCAGUACAGGUUCCGAGCAAAUUUCAACGUUUAGUUGUUGGUUUUGUGGCCGUGUGUUUAACAAUCAAGAAGAGUGGAUUGGCCAUGGACAGCGGCAUCUCAUGGAGGCUACAAGAGACUGGAAUAAGUUGUUCUAACGCUGUCCGCUAAUGUAGAUUUUUUUUAAAUGACAAAUAUAUAGUAUUGUUAGAUAUGCUAGAUAUUGCUAUCUAUUUUUUUUCCUUUAGAUAUCCAUUCAGAAGAUUUUUAAUGGAUAGUGUAAGAGAAGAAAGUUUGGUACCUGAUACCAAUUUGUAUGUAAAUAUUUUUAACCCCUGUACAUAGACCUCUCUAGACCUUUGUGUAUGUAUAUAAUUGAACUGUGAAAACUGGACACACUGUAUGUUUAUACAUGCAAGCAAAAAGAUCACUGGUAUGAAUGGAAGGUGCUGUCUGUAAUAGACCUAUUUCGAUGCAGUCAGUUAACAGAUUUCUCAGGUAAUUUCAGAAUCCAGUUUAUAAAGAGAUCUUUUAUGUUGGCUCAGAAAACAUCUAAAGAUAUAUUCCAUUAAUGGUGUGUUUUUAAGUUGGCUGCAUACAUUAGUCUUUGCAAGAGGUCAUAGAGCUUAUUACUUUAUUAAUUACUUUUGAAUUCAUUCUUGCAUAUAAACACGUCCCUUUUUGAAUCCGAAUCAUUUCAAUGUUCAUUUUGAACACUGGUCAGUUACUGUAGCUGUAGAAAUAUUUGUGCAAAAGUGAUCUAGAAGCUAAUUAGGUUCCUGUGGAAGCUGUAUUUUAAAAUUGAAAAUUAUUUUCAUACACUGUAUAUGUAUAUCCAUGUUCUUGCGUUUGUUUGUUUUACUGGUGCUAUCCCUUUUUUCAUAACACGUUAAAACUGACCCAGUGUCAAUUUCGUAGCAAUAAUACAUUUUUCCAUAGUUUUAAACAUCUUUAAACCCUGCAGUCAAUAUAAUACCAAAUUUGUUUAUUUUUUUUUUCUGCUGUCCUCUCUCUUUCUCUCUUUUUUUUUUUAAAGAUUAAAAACCUUCAAAGCACAGUGAUGCUUUACCAACAGAGUAUGUUCCGAUGCAAAUCACCAACCCACCAAAUGGCCAACACUAACUUUAUUUUAGAUUGGAUCUUGUUCUCUUAUACUUGUGUGCCUCGAUCUGCCUCAGUUUUCACCAAGCAGUUGUGCUUUGUGUGUGGUUAGUUUUUUUGUAUGUUUAAAAGGUUUCACUGGUUAAGUGGCAGUUACUUCAACACAAAAAUCUGUUUGUUUGUUUUUUUAAUGAUUGAAAUUUUAACCUUUUUAUUAGCAUAACCAGUUUAAAUGUUUGAACUCUAUUUAAAUAGUUUGACCUCCAUGGCUAAGUACACACAGAAUCUGCUGGUCUAUAUUUGUUACUAAGGACUUAUGCAAAUCUAAACUGUUCAAAUGGUCACUUUCGUAACAAGUUCUGCUUUACCUCACAGUUGGCAGCAUUUACAAUACCGUGCAAAUUAAAAGGCAGUUUUUACGCCAUUUUACUUAAAUCAUUAGCAUUUAGAACUCCCGUUUGCAAUGACUUUAAAAUAUUCCUACUUUUCAAUUUUGAAAUAUGACAAUCAUCGUCACAAAGCAGUACAAAGUUUACUACUGCUUUGCGUUCUGAUUGCUAUGCCUUCAGAUUUUAAAUGCAAAGUUUGAGAAUUUUUUCUGUCUGUUUAAUGUUUUUCACUCACAGACCUCUACCCUUUAUUCUGCUCUUGUGAUCCUUCCUUAUAACUACCACUACAUUAUGCCAUCCACAAGCAGAAAGCAGAAUCCUCUCACAUGCCAACAUUACCACAACCAAAUACUUUUUUAAAUUAUAUGGCAAAAAAAAAAAGCUGUUUGAUGUUUAAUGCUAUUGUCAAACAGGAUGUUUGGGAUUGGGAUGUGAAAAACAAAUGUAUUUUUUUAUGCUAAGUGCCUAAAAUGUGACACACCAGGUCGACACUAUAUUGUACUGUAUUCACCUCCUUACAGUUCCUCCUUGAAUAAAUGUAAAUACUUUUAAAUGA